UUGUUGUGGACAGGUUAAGGGAGGGUGGGAGAAUAAAAAGUGACCCACAUAGAACAUAGAGUUUAGAGUUAAGCUUUGUCUCUCAUCUCGGCUCUGCCUACACCCCAGAGUGAACAAAGUUCAGUGCGCUUACAACUCGGACAAAAGGAGAAAUAAGAUACUAAACUUCAUGUUCUUUGUCAGCUUCAUUUUACACGUUGUGUGAGUCAAGUGAAGACAACUCUCUGACACUUUUCACCACAGGUUCACUUUUCUUUAUUUCUGAUGCGACAGAAGUCUCUGACAGACUCAGCGUGACAUGGCCACCAAGACAACAGAGGUUCAGCGAAGGAUUGUGUCCAAAGACGGCCACAAUAAUGUGCGUAUUGACAACGUGGAGGGCAUGGUCAAGCUGUACCUGCAUGACAUCUGGACCACUGUGGUGGACAUGAAAUGGCGCUACAAACUCACUCUGUUUGCUUCCACGUUUGUCAUGACCUGGUUCAUCUUCGGGGUCAUCUUUUACUUCAUCGGCAUGGGCAAUGGAGACUUUGACUCUCAGAUGAACUCCAACCACACGCCCUGUGUGAUGAAUGUGGAGACUCUAACCGGAGCCUUCCUGUUCUCUUUGGAGUCCCAGACUACCAUCGGCUACGGUUUUCGCUACAUUUCAGAGGAGUGUCCUCUGGCCAUCUUCACUCUGGUGGCUCAGCUUGUUAUCACUGGACUGGCUGAGAUCUUUGUCACUGGUGCCUUUUUGGCCAAACUGGCUCGUCCAAAGAAGCGAGCAGAGACCAUCAAGUUCAGUCAGCUGGCAGUGAUAUGCCAACGCCAAGGCAAGAUGUGUCUGAUGGUGAGAGUGGCCAAUAUGAGGAAGAGCCUUCUCAUCCAGUGUCAGCUCACAGGGAAGCUCCUUCACUCCAAUGUAACAGAGGAGGGUGAGAAGACCCAAGUCCACCAGACCUCGGUGGAUUUCUACAUUGACUCCAGUGGAGAGUGUCCUUUCCUCAUCCUCCCACUCACCUUCUACCACAUCCUGGAUGAGAACAGCCCACUGGCAGGACUCACUUCAGAAAACCUCCACACUCGGGACUUUGAGCUGCUGGUAACGCUCAACGCCACCAUGGAGUCCACGGCAGCCACAUGCCAGAGCCGCACCUCCUAUGUACCUCAGGAGAUCCUCUGGGGUUAUGAGUUCAAGCCGGUGCUCUUCAGUACCACAGGAGGCCGUUAUGUUGCAGAUUUUAACUUCUUUGACAAGGUACAAGUGAGCAAUGAUUCAAGCUCACUCAUUAACAACACAGAGAAGCUCAAACUGGAGCAGGACUACAAGAAAGAAUAGACAGACCCAGUAUUUGGACUCUAAGUCAGAGAGAGAAAAAAAAAUACAUGCAUUUUUCGCUCUAGCAGAUAUAGAGAUA